GAAGCCUACAAUAGUGAGCAAGGACCAAUGAGAAGCUCUGUUAGGGUAAUAGUCUACGUGGAAGAUGUCAAUGAUGAAGUGCCAGUAUUUACCCAAAGGCAAUAUAACCGCCUGGGUUUGCGAGAGACCGCCGGAAUUGGGACAUCUGUUGCAGUUGUCCGGGCAACAGAUCGAGAUACAGGAAAUGGAGGUCUGGUGAAUUACAAAAUCAUCUCAGGUUCUGAGGGGAAGUUUGAAAUUGACGAGAGCACCGGACUCGUUACUACAAUUGACUAUCUGGACUAUGAGACAAAAACCAGCUACCUGAUGAAUGUCUCAGCCACCGAUCAAGCACCCCCACAAAAUCAAGGCUUCUGCAGUGUCUACGUCAGCCUCCUGAAUGAACUGGAUGAGGCUGUCCAGUUCUCCAACGUCACUUACGAAGCAGUGAUCACAGAGAACAUCCCCUUGGGAUCUGAAGUGUUGCGAGUCCAGGCCCGCUCCAUUGACAACCUCAACCAGAUCACAUACAAGUUUGACCCCAACACUAAUGCCCAAGCUCUGUCUUUGUUCAAAAUAAAUGGAAUCACUGGUGUGAUCACAGUCAAAGGACAAGUAGAUCGAGAGAAGGGAGAUUUCUACACCCUAACUGUUGUGGCAGACGAUGGCGGUCCAAAGCUUGACUCAACUGUGGUCACUAUCACCAUACUGGAUGAGAAUGACAACAGCCCACAAUUUGACAUUACUUCUGACUCAUCUGUGAGUGUAGCAGAGGACAGUUCUGUCGGACGUCGAAUUGCUCUGGUUUUGGCCAGGGACCCUGAUGCAGGAAACAAUGGGCAGGUUGCUUUUUCUCUAGUAUCAGGAAACCUAGGCAGGACCUUUGAAAUCCGUACAACCAACAACACCUACGGAGAAGUGUUUGUGGCCAGACCAUUGGAUCGGGAACUGAUAGAACACUACACCUUAAAGAUUCAAGCAGCUGACAGAGGUGUUCCGCCUCGCAGAAAAGAGCAUACCUUAAGAGUUAAUAUAUUGGAUGUUAAUGAUAACCCACCAGUCAUUGCAAACCCAUAUGGAUACAACGUUAGCAUUAAUGAGAAUGUGGGUGGAGGUACUGCAGUGGCUCAGGUGCGAGCAACUGACAGGGAUAGUGGCCUCAACAGUGUCCUCUCCUACUACAUCACUCAUGGGAAUGAGGAACUGACCUUCCGGAUGGACAGAGUAACCGGGGAAAUCGCCACUCGCCCUUCCCCUCCGGACCGUGAGAGGCAACAGUUCUACCAGCUGGUGGUCACCGUGGAGGAUGAAGGCAACCCAGCCCUCUCGGCUACUACCACGGUGUACGUAACCAUCUUGGAUGAGAAUGACAAUGUUCCAGUAUUCCGGCAGCAGCUAUAUGAAGUCACACUGGAUGAGGGCCCAGGCACACUCAAUGCCAUCCUUAUCACCAUCAAUGCAGUAGACUUUGAUGAAGGUCCAAAUGGCACAGUUACAUAUGCCAUCACAGAGGGGAACAUCAUGGGCACCUUUCACAUAAACAGCACUACGGGACAAAUCCGCACGGUGAAGGAGUUGGACUAUGAAAUCAGCCAUGGCCGUUACACACUGAUAGUCACUGCCACAGACAAGUGUCCAAUUGCUUCCCGCCGUCUCACAUCCACCACAACGGUGUUAGUGAACUUGAACGAUAUCAAUGACAAUCAGCCGACGUUCCCCCGUUCUUAUGAAGGGCCCUUUGACAUCACAGAAGGACAGCCAGGUCCAAGGGUGUGGACUUUCCUGGCCCAUGAUGGGGACUCAGGGCCCAGUGGACAAGUAGAGUACAACAUCAUUGCGGGGGAUCCUCUUGGGGAAUUUGUGAUCUCCCCUGUAGAAGGGGAGCUGCGUGUGCGGAAGGAUGCUGAGCUUGAUCGUGAAAACAUUGCUUUCUAUAACCUCACCAUUGUUGCCAAGGACAGAGGGGUGCCGCCACUCAGCUCCACUGUAAGUCUUCGUGGUUCGGGCGCAAAACUGCAGAGGUGA